AUGGCGGAUGAAUCGGCAGCAACCACUCCACCGUCGAUCGACGGCAACGUUCUCGUCGCUAAGUCACUAGCUCGUCUCGGCGUCACCCACAUGUUCGGCGUCGUGGGGAUCCCCGUCACGUCUCUGGCUAGCCGAGCCAUGGCUCUUGGCAUACGCUUCGUCGCCUUCCACAACGAGCAAUCCGCCGGAUACGCCGCUUCCGCCUACGGGUACCUCACGGGUCGACCCGGAAUCCUUCUCACCGUUUCGGGCCCGGGCUGCGUUCACGGGCUCGCGGGUCUCUCCAACGCUUGGGCCAACACGUGGCCGAUGGUGAUGAUCUCCGGUUCAUGCGAUCAGAGAGACGCCGGCCGUGGAGAUUUCCAGGAGCUUGAUCAGGUCGAUGCGGUGAAAGCUUUCUCGAAAUUAUCGGAGAAAGCGAAGGAUGUUCGCGAAAUCCCCAAUUGCGUCGCUAAGGUUCUGGAUCGAGCCGUCGCGGGUCGACCCGGCGGGUGUUAUCUGGAUCUUCCAUCUGAUGUACUCCGCCAGAAAAUUUCGGAAUCGGAGGCGGAGAAUCUGGUGGCUGAGGUCGAAAAAUCUCGCAAACAUGAACCAAUCCAGGCUUCUCUGAAAUCAGAGAUCGAAUCUGCGGUUUCGCUGCUGAGAAAAGCGGAGAGGCCACUGAUCGUGUUCGGUAAAGGAGCGGCGUAUUCGCGUGCAGAGGAUGAGCUGAAGAAGCUGGUGGAACUUACCGGAAUACCUUUCCUACCAACUCCGAUGGGUAAAGGAUUGUUACCGGACACACACGAGCUCUCGGCGACGGCGGCGAGGUCGCUAGCCAUUGGGAAAUGCGACGUCGCCUUGGUGGUCGGAGCUAGGCUUAACUGGCUUCUCCAUUUCGGAGAGUCGCCGAAAUGGUCUAAAGAAGUGAAAUUUAUAUUGGUAGAUAUCUCUGAGGAGGAGAUUGAGCUGAGGAAACCUCACUUGGGGAUUGCUGGAGAUGCCAAAACAGUGAUUGGGUUGUUGAACAGAGAGAUCAAAGACGAUCCUUUUUGUCUCGGGAAGACUGAUCCAUGGGUGGAAUCGAUUUCCAAGAAGGCGAAAGAAAACGGCGAGAAGAUGGAGGCACAGCUUGCGAAAGACGUGGUUCCUUUCAACUUCUUGACUCCUAUGAGGAUCAUCAGAGACGCGAUUUUGGCGGUGGAAGGACCGAGUCCUGUUGUGGUAUCAGAAGGAGCGAAUACAAUGGAUGUAGGAAGGUCGGUUCUGGUUCAGAAAGAGCCAAGGACAAGGCUUGAUGCAGGAACUUGGGGAACAAUGGGUGUUGGUUUAGGUUAUUGUAUCGCCGCUGCUGUUGCUUCUCCUGAUCGGCUUGUUGUCGCGGUUGAAGGAGACUCUGGUUUCGGAUUCAGCGCCAUGGAAGUUGAGGUAAGUGACACAUUACUUAAUCCCAUACUGUGGAACUGUCUCUUGUCUUGUUUUAAACUUCUGUCUUUGAUGAUGCAGACAUUGGUUCGAUACAAUCUUGCUGUGGUGGUUAUUGUCUUUAACAAUGGUGGUGUCUAUGGCGGUGAUCGGAGGAGCCCUGAAGAGAUCUCUGGUCCUCAUAAAGAUGAUCCAGCACCAACGUCUUUUGUUCCUAAUGCAGGCUAUCACAAGCUUAUUGAAGCCUUUGGAGGCAAAGGUUACGUUGUGGAAACACCCGAUGAGCUUAAAUCCGCUCUCGCUGAAUCUUUCGCUGCAAGGAAACCCGCGGUGGUUAACGUUAUCGUCGAUCCUUUUGCUGGUGCUGAGAGUGGGAGAUUACAGCACAAGAACUAA